UCAACCAACACCCCCACUAACAAGAACCAGCCCGAGCCCGCGGACUCAGACGACCGAACCCCCCAACCAAGCCCAGCCCGCCGUCAAAGAACACGCUCCUCUUCAGCCGCAGAAGAUGACAGCGAAGAUGGCGGAAGUGGUGCACCAUCAACUCUCGACGCGAUGGUCAAGAAAAUGGUCCGUCUCGCUCUCGCGAGCGAGUACUCCCGCCUUCCUAUCCGUCGAACCGACAUUAGCGCCAAAGUCCUCGGCGAGCAAAAAUCACGCGAAUUCAAGGUUGUCUUUGAUCAAGCGCAGAAAGAGCUGAAGACUCGGUUUGGAAUGGAGAUGGUUGAAUUGCCUGCGCGCGAGAAGACGACUAUUUCACAGCGGCGGGCCGCUCAAAAAACAGACAAACCCUCAUCCGGGAAUAAAUCCUGGAUCUUAACGACAACACUACCACCAUCCUACCAAUCAUCCACAAUCUUACCACCCACAAAGGCCCCCUCCGCAAGCACAGAAAGUACCUACACAGGACUCUACAGUUUCAUAAUAGCCCUGAUAAGUCUAAACGGCGGCUCCCUCGCCGAGCCAAAACUGGACCGCUACCUCGCCCGGAUGAACGCAGAAACACACACGCCCAUCGACCGCACGGACAAACUCCUCCAGCGCAUGAUUCGAGAGGGCUACCUCGUUCGAACGCGCGAGCUAGACGGCGGCGAAGAGCAGAUUGAGUUCCUGGUCGGGCCGCGGGGUAAAGUUGAAGUGGGGACGAAAGGGGUGGCUGGACUUGUGAGAGAGGUUUAUGGGCGCGGAGUGGGAGAUGCCAAUGCCAAUGGUGGGGUUCCUGGGUACGGGGACGGAGAUGAAGAUGUGCUGGGCGGGGAAAUGACGCAGAUUGAGGAAGAGGAGAGGGAGGCGUUUGAGGGUCGGUUGAGGAGGAGUUUGGGGAUUCGUGAACGUCCCGGGUCGACCCAAGAGGCUGGGUCGAAUGGACAACGAGGUGGUGAGGAGGAGGCGGAGGUGGAUGCUGAAGCUAAUGCUAAUGCACGUCGGAGUGAGGGGCCGAGACGGUCUAGGCGCUCUGCACCUGCUACGCAGCGGGAUUCUGAGUCUUCGGGAGAGGAGGAGUCAGCCACUGAUUCGGAUUGA